ACCAUAUACAAAGACGCGAGCUCAAGGCGAUAGACAAGUGUUCUGCACUCGCGUGCCCUGCUCUAUCAAUCUGCAAUACUACCACUACUUUGGCCACCAUGGUCACCAUGCUCGAUAGAUUACAAAAUGUUUUCGGGGAGGACGCUUUUGACUGGCUAGAUAGAUCCUACAUUGUAGACUGGAGUGUAGCGACCGUAGCAUGGUUCAUCGCAUGGAUCGUUAGCGGACUCCCUCCGUAUGAAAGAGAAUUCGACCGCAAGGAUACCCUGAUUGACCACAAACAUCACAAAAGCCAGAUUGGCGGGGACCUGAACUGGUUCAUCGCCUUCGUCGUCCCCUUCGCGGUGAUAGGCGUCAUUUCAUGUCUGAGGCGAUCUGCUCUAGACCUUCAUCACGGAGCUCUUGCACUCUACGCAACAAGAGCCUUCUCUGAAGUUGCCACAGAGGUCCUCAAAAACCGGGUCGGGCGGCUGCGUCCCGACUUCCUAUCACGAUGCAAGUGGGAUAAAGAGUUAAAAGCAUGCGCAGGCGACCUCGAAACGAUUCUGGACGGACGGAGAUCGUUCCCGUCCGGCCAUUCUUCCACAGCAUUCUCCGGGAUGAUGUUCCUGUCGCUCUGGCUAGCAGGCAUAACCGGAGCGUGGUGCAUCACGCGACCUGCUGCGGCAAGGAGUUUCCUCGCGAGUAGACUUGCGCGGCUCAGCCUCUCCUGCUUACCUCUUGCAUUCGCCACUUGGGUCGCCGUCAGUCGAGUGGAAGAUUAUAGACAUCACAAGGAAGAUGUAAUCGUCGGGGGUCUCCUCGGCACUGCCUGCGCUGUGAUUUGCUACCUCACAUACUGGCCGAACCCCUUCGCCCACCACAGUCGUCUGCCUUCCACGCCAAAGCCCUCUACACGAACCGCAGCCCGGCGCACGAGAAAACGGAAAGGAUACCAAUACGAGUUAGCAGGUAUGGAGCAUGCAAACGGAGUUGAGAGUGUGUAAAGUAUGUACGACUAGUGGCAUGCAUGGGUGCUGAUUAUCGUGGGGAACUACGUCUCAAUGGUACAACUGGCUAUCACUGUCAUGGCGGCGCCGCACUUCGAACGAAGACCCAUCUGUCGCCAACCUUCUGCAUCCGCCCUGUCG